AUGGCCGGCCGCAUAAACUACCAAACCUGCACUUACCAAUGCAUCCGCCCAGGCGAACUCUGGCAAUGCAAUUGGCUGGAGGAAACAGGCACCAUAUGCUCUCUGGUCUACGAUAUCAAGAAUGAGAAAAUAACUACGCUGAUCGCGUUUUCAAAGGGUCAUUGGGAGAAUCCGGAAGAGGCGAGNGGGGAUAAGAGGGAACAAGAGGUGUUUGAGAGAUGGAGGGGUUUGGCGAAGCAGGGUUCGCAGGUGGAAAGGUUUAUGUUGAGUGAGCAGGCGGAUAUCAAGGAGAAGUUCAAGGGCAAGGGCGAGUUGGUGCCUAUUGAGGGGGAUGCCGAGACUUUUUAG